AUGCGUUUUGAUCAUACAAUCCUUCUGGGGGCUUUGCUCGCAACGCCUCAAGUGAUAAAUGCGGCAAAUAUCCCCGCGGUCUCAAUCACAAACUCCACUACAUCCAUGUACCAGCUUAGCACCGACUCCGAAUUCGCCUUCGUACUCGAAACUUUUCUCUCUCUAGCCAACGGAGGUGGGGCUGCAACCGGCGAAGUGCUUCGUUCUGCAGCUCGAAUUGCCCCCGGCAACUUUGAGAGCUGGUACAAAGAAUGGAAGUUCAUGGCAGACGCAAUAGCUUCCCAAGGCGAUGCCGUCAAUGCUACGAAAUUUCCAAUCUCAGCUCAACAAGCAUACUUCCGCGCAGCUUCAUACUACAGGGCAGCCGAUUUCUUCCUGCAUGGCAAUGCUUCGGAUCCACGUAUUCUGACUCUGUGGGCCUCUAUGCUGAAGCGAUAUGAUGCAGCUGCCAAGCUUCUGCCAAAUCCACCCGAGAAAGUCGAGUUACAGGGAACAGGCUUCAAGAUUCCUGUAUACUUCUACCAGGCACCUCAAUCAUCCGGGGUCAAUCAAUCACAGAAGAUACCGACUCUAAUUAUUGGUAACGGCUAUGAUGGGGCGCAACAAGAUCUCUACCACCAGUUCGGACAGCAGGUCCUGAGUCGGGGUUGGAAUUUCGUCACUUACGAAGGUCCCGGUCAGGCGACCGUUCGCCGAGAACAAAACAUUGGCUUUAUUCCUCAGUGGUGGGAAUCCGUUACACCGGUCAUUGACUGGCUUCGUGAAAGAGACGAUGUCGAUAUUGAUCGCAUUGCUUUGCAAGGUGAGCACAGAAUUGCCGCACUGAUCGCCCUCGACGGCCUUCUUAGCCUGAAAAAUGCCACCCUGAAGAAGUUUCCCGAGCCACUUGUUAAACUAUAUGAGAGUGGGAACAAAAGUAAAUUUGACGACGCGAUUCUCUCCGCGCUAAACAAGAAAAGCACCACGACCGAGUUCAAAUGGGGUGUUGAGCAAGGCACGUGGGCUUUCAACGUCGCCAGCCCUUUUGACUGGAUUUACAAGAUGGGCGAGAUGGAUUUAUCGCCCGAGAUGCUCAAGAAUAUAUCUUGUCCUGUUUUUGUCGCGUCUGGUCAAGACGAUAGCCUAGCCCCCGGACAACCUGAGAAGAUGGCACGGAUAUUUGGAAAUCAGGCUCAUUAUCAUUCGUUCAAAACUAAUGUUGGGGCCGGAGAGCAUUGCUCGAUUGGUGCUGAGCCUCAGUUGGCAAUGACAGAGUUAGAUUGGUUGGCCAAUGUCUUCGAAAAUGUGACCAAGUCGCCCUGA